GGUAUCACAGUCUCUAAACUCGGGAGCAUUCUUUUCCAGAUAGUUCUCCGCUAAGUUUCUCUCCAUUGAUAGUGUGUGAUCUCUUUAUAAGCUAAUAUCGCAAUCCAGGUGGAUAACGCUGCUAUGGCUUCAAUCACUUCAUGGGCGACGACGAACUUGAGGUGUGGCGGAGAAACCAGACCAACGCUUCCUGGCUGCUGCUCAUUCUCCAGGACGCUACAGUGCAAGCCGAAGAGGGUCUUGAGGUUGACAAGAAUCGUGAGACAAGCGGACAACGAUGAAAGGGAGGUCCCUCCUCCUCAAGAGCAGGAAAUCCUUCCCGAGAGAAGAGAAGAGACGCCGAAGCCUAAGAAGAAGGAUGAUGGCGAAGUCACGGCUCGAAUAACUGGAGCGCUUGCCGUGCUUUUGGGGAUCGCAUACCUUGCUCUCGUCCAGAUUCUGGAGAGACGAGGUGGGAGCCUCGAGCCACCACCUCCGGAAGCGUAUCUUCCUUAAAUUUUGAGGUUCUAAGCUCGAAGAAUUGUGAAUCACGAUCUCUUCUACACA